ACCCAUCCGCUAUACUGCGCACCACCUCCAGCCAUUUCCUUCGAACUCUAUACUUCACUAACAUGCGCCCCUCCUCUUCACCGCCAUGGCCUCCAACGCAACCUUCCCCAAACCCCAGAAAUCCUCAAUCCCUAACUCUAACCAUAACCCUGCCCUCUGCAAGCACUCUCCCUCUGCCACCCUCGACCUCCUCAUCCUCGUCCUCGUUCUCUUCUCCGGCUCCUUCCUCCUCUCUUCUUAUUUCUCCUACGUCUUCCACUCCGUCUCCCUCCUUCUCUCCCACUUCUCCCCUCUUCUCCAUCAUCUCUCCGUCCCUUACCUCCUAUCCUUCCUCCUCUUCUUUGCCAUCUCCGCUGCCCUCGCUGACUUCUGCUGCGGCUCCCGAUCCCGGCGCUGUCGAAACCCUGCCUGCAAGGGCUUGAAGAAGGCCAUGGAGUUCGAUUUGCAGCUUCAGACCGACGACUGCGUGAAAUCUCCCGCCAAGUCCAAGGAGAUCGAUGGCUUGCCCUGGAAGGGCGGAAGCGAAGCUAACCCAGAUUACGAGUGCCUCCGAUCCGAGCUUAGGAAGAUAGCCCCGCCCAAUGGCCGAGCCGUCUUGCUCUUUCGCGCGCGAUGUGGCUGUCCUGUCGCCAAGCUUGAGGGCUGGGGGCCCAAGCGUGGGAAGCGGCAUAGGAAGGCUGUGGCAGUCAAUGGGGUAGGAGCCGGAUGUCAUCGCUGAACCUUUGCGAUGUGUCGUUGGGUGCACUUCACAUAUAUUUACCUUAUGAUUCUAUAUCAUCUUACUUCAUCAAAUUAUCGAAACAUUUUUUUUAAGUUAUAUAAAUCCCAUGGCGCUCCAGAAACAACCUUCCCCGCACCUGCAUUGCCUCGGAAGACUCGUUUGUGGAAGGAUAGAUACCAGAUUUAAUGCAAAUAAAAUAUAUGAAAUGCCAAAUGAAUAUCUCUGCCUCUGAAAUUGUAGAUUUAUGUAGCUUUUACCUGUCUCUAGUUGUUAAUCAAUUUGGCUUUUUAAACUCUCAUAAUUUAACAUGGGAAUUUCUCUCUCCAUAAGCUGCAUC